AUGGCAGAACACCAAGAUAAGCCUCUCAAUGAGCUUUUGUCUCAUGACAUGGUCGACAUCUAUGUCGGUCAGGAAAACACCAAAUGGAUUCUCCACGAGAAACUCUUGUGCUACCGCAGCAAGUUCUUCCGCAACAUCUUCUACAGCAAGGAGAACAAGAACCGCCAGUUUGGCCUUCCCGAUGAGGAGGAUGAGCCUUUCCGUCUUUUCGUAGGCUGGCUCUACAGUGGACACACUCCCACACCCAAGGAGGAGAAGGACCUGACCAUCCUCCUGGAUCUGUACUUGAUGGCCGAGAAGUGGGAAAUUCGCGAUCUCACCCUGGAAGUUCUCAAGAGCGUCCGCAACUGGUACAAGGAGUCCGACACAUACCCCGCCCUCCGCCGCGUGCAAUACAUCUACGCCAACACCGACCUCGAGUCUCCCAUGCGCCAGCUGCUCAUCAGCAGUGUCGCCAGAAACCUCGUCACCAGCGAAUCGGGCAUGCCUCCUCAGUGGGACAAGGCUCUCAGAAAGAAUGGCCAGCUUGCUGUCGACAUCAUCAUCGCCAUGCAGAAGUGGAAUCUUGAGAAGGAGAGCAUCCCCGACCCCAGACAGGACUCGGUCAAGCCCAUUCUUGAAGAGUCUGAGCAGGCUAAAGCCCAAAAGAAGGAUGGCCAGCAAGACGACGAGGACCAGAGCAGCGAGCAAGACGGCGAGGAGAACGACGACGAGAACAAUGAAGAAGAGACCGAAGAGGGUGCUGAGGAUGGCGAGCAAGAGGAGGGUGAGGACAACGAGGAUGGCGAGCAGGAGACCGAGGAGCCCCAAGAGUAA